AUGACCACCGCAGACCCUUCCCAGCCGGCACCGCGAGAAGAAGAAGAAGCAGACUCACCAGCAGCAGUUACCGCCCUCUUCACCUACCUGCACUCCCUAACCCCAACAACUGACCCCACUCCCGUCCUCCCAACCGUCCUCUCCCCAACAACCCUCCUCCACACAAGCACCGACCCUACCGACCCCGAAAACCAACCCACCCCGCUGCACAUUGCUGCCCGAAAGGGGAACUUGGCAGCUGUGCAAUGGAUGUUGUUGAAAGGGGCGCCGUGGAAUGCGAUUGAUGCGAGGGGGGUUAGUGUGGGCGAGUAUGCAAAGGAGGCAGGGUGGGACGAGGUUUAUGAGGCGUUGGUUUGUGAGGGGGUUAGGACGGAGUUGGUGUUGAUGGCGUUGGGGAAGGGGACGACGGUCAAACCCGCCUCGGCGCACCCCUCCAACGCCAGCUACCUCUCCCGCCGGCUCACCUUCUCCUCCGGGCGUCUCCUCGACUCCGACGCCAAUGCCGUCAUGAUGGGCUGGGAAGCCCCCCUCAUGACCCUUCACGCCGCCGUCAUCGCCCCAACCCCCGGCAAACGGGUCCUCAACGUCGGCUUCGGCCUCGGUCUCAUCGACACCGACCUCCAAACCCUCUCCCCAUCCCACCACGUCAUCAUCGAAGCGCAUCCCGAUGUCUACGCCCACAUGGUCGCGGAGGGCUGGACCACCCGCCCCAACGUCACCGUCAUCUUCUCCCGCUGGCAAGACGCCCUCCCCCAACUCUACGCCAUGCCUGAACCCUUUGACGGCAUCUUCUUCGACACCUUCGGCGAGUACUACGACGACCUCAAAGAGUUCCACGAGCACGUGCCCAACCUCCUCGCCCAAUCCGGCGUCUAUUCGUUCUUCAACGGGCUGGCGGGGACCAACCCGUUCUUCCACGACGUGGCGUGUGCGCUGGCGGAGGCGGAUUUGAGGGAUAUGGGGCUGAGGUGCGAGUUUAGGGAGGUGCAGGUGGAUGAGUUGGGCGAUGAGACGUGGAAGGGGAUCAAGAGGGCGUAUUGGAGUUUGCCGGUUUAUAGGCUGCCGGUCUGUACGUUUGACGAGGGGUUGUGA